AUGUCACAGAAAUAUUUAAUCACAGACUGGAUUAUUACUACACUAGUAUGGUUUAUCAUGAUUCCAUAUUAUUUACAAAUUUCAAUGUUCUAUCAUGAUUCUUCAAUAAACGCUUUAUCAUCAUUAUUACCUACUUAUAAUUUGAUCAGUAGUAUUAAUAAUCAUCUUCCUAAUACAUUGAAUACUAUUACUAAUAGCAAUAAUAAUGAUGUCAAUGUUAACCCUAAAACACCUCAAUAUAAUUUACGUUAUGCUAUUACAGAAAAUCAACCGAUCAAUUUUAAAAUUGGUAAAAUUAAUGAUGAUCUUAUACAAACACCAGAGAUCCGAUCAACUCGUCUAUACAAUUUAUUACAAACAUCUAAACAAACAAAUUCAUUUUAUCGUUUACGUGAACCAUCCAAUUAUUUUAAUGUAAAUGAAGCAACAAGUAUAUUGACUACUAAGAAGGUGAUUGAUUUAGAAACAUUAUGCCCAAGAUAUUGUAAAGAGAAUACAUAUCAUGCACAAUUAAAUAUCUAUGUGAAUAUAUGGGUAAAUUACCAAUUAAUCUGUAUUGUCAAUAUUGAAAUUACAGUUACUGAUAUUGAUGAUAAUCAACCAAAAUUUCCAUCCACUGUAUCAAGACCUUAUAAAUUAAGAUUGAAAGAGGUGAUUUAUCGAAUUGGUAAAUCUAUUGAAUUACCUAAAGCAAUUGAUAAAGAUAUCCAACCACAUCAUGCUGAAUUAGUUUAUCGUCUUGAUUCACAUCCUGAUGAUAAAUCAAAUGCAUUAGAAACAUUUCGUUUAGUUGUACGAAAUGAUUCACGAUUGGUACUUGUUUUACAAAAAGAUUUAGAUUAUGAAUUAAUUAAAGAAUAUAAAUUUUAUUUAGUUUGUUCAUCACCAUAUAUUACUGGUGAUCAACAUUUAGAUAUGAUGAAUAUAGAAGAUCGUUUAGAAAUCUUUGUAGAAGUAUUGAAUAUCAAUGAUAUUGAACCAACAUUUUCAAAAGCAGUUUAUGAAAUACAAAUAAAAGAAGAUAUUCCAGUGAAUUCAACAAUUUAUGAAUUGAAAGCAACGGAUAAAGAUGUCAAUUCUACCAUCACAUAUUCAAUGGAAAAUGGUGUUGAUUUAAAUACUACAUUAAAAUUUUUUAUUAAAUCAAAUGGUUACGUGAUUGUUCAACAGAAAUUAGAUUAUGAACAACGUAAUAUGUAUAGUUUUACAGUACGUGCUAGUGAUGGUGAAUUUUUUGCAUUAGCUCGAAUUGUUAUAACAAUUUUGGAUGUAAAUGAUGAACCACCUGAAUAUGUAUUAAAUCCACAACAAUUAACAAUAUUGGAAAAUAAACCAGCUCAAACAUUCAUUGGUCAUCUUCUUGUAGUUGAUCGAGACAGUCCUGAAGUUAAUGGUCAAGUACAUUGUGAAGAACCACAUCACUUGAAAGGCAAACAACCUAUUGUUUUUGUACAAGAAUCUAUGUAUUCACUUCCACGUCAACAGUCAUCAUCUUUAUCAAUAUCAGAACUAACAUCUGAUCUCAAUAACAAUAAUAACAAUAACUAUCUACCUACAAGUUUAUCUCAUUUAUCAAGUUCUGAAAAUCAUAUUUAUCAACGUUUAACAUUAUAUAGUCUCAGUGAAUUCGAUCGUGAAAAUGGACCUGAUAAAUAUAAAUCAAUUCUACACUGUUGGGAUGGAAUAACAUCACAAACACCGUAUGAUUCUUCAAUAUACAUGAAUAAUUAUGCACCAUUAAAUUAUUCAAAAUCUUCAACACUAGUAUCACUUAGCCAAACAGCUACAAUGACAAUCACUUUACAUAUAGUAGAUGCAAACGAUAAUGAGCCUACUUUUGAAAAACAAUUCUAUAAGGCAGAGAUUAAAGAAAAUUCACCGAUAGGCACUAAAAUUAUUAAGAUACAUGCAGUUGACAAAGAUGUUGGCGUGAAUGCACAAAUAUACUACAGUUUACAAGAGAAUGAAUUAUUUGUGCCGUAUUUUAAAAUUGAUCCAAUUAUGGGUUGGAUUGUGAAUUCAGCUGAACUUGAUCGUGAAGCACAAGUAAUAUUUCAGCUUACUGUCCUAGCAAUCGAUGGAGGAUAUGAUGCAUUAGAUUCUAGUAGAUUGCAGAGAUCUCUUAAUCAGAUUAAAAAUUAUCAUACAGCUACAACACAAGUACUUAUAAAUAUAUUAGAUGAAAAUGAUAAUCCACCUGAAUUUCGUGGUCCAAGACAAUUUGCUGUUGAAGAAAAUCAAUCACCAAAUACAUGGAUUGGUGAUCUACAAGUAAUAGAUAGAGAUGAAGGAAAUAAUAGUGAAGUUAUAUUUACAUUAUUAAAUGGUAGAAUGAAAAACAAUAAUAAUACUGAACAACCCACAAAAAGAAUUAAUGAAAAUAUGUUACAUCGCAAUAGUGUACCAAUUCAUUUGCUUGAAAAUGGAAGUUUAUUUACUACAAAAUCAUUGGAUAGAGAAAAACAGUCUUUAUAUUGUUUUGAAGUUGUUGUGUCAGAUAAAGGUGUAGAAAGAUCACAUUCUACAGCUGACACAAUCUGUGUACGUGUAUUGGAUCUGAAUGAUAAUAGACCAUAUUUUAUUGAAAUUAAAGGUGCUGAACAAAUUGAUGGUAAUAAAACAUUACUGAAUGAAUCAAUAUCCGAAACAACUCAUUCCACAAUAUCACAAGUCAACCCAAUUAAACGUGAUGAAAUGAAAGUAAAUUAUUCACAAUAUCCUGUAGUACGUGUAUCAUACAAUGAAGUACCAGGUUAUUGUGCUUUAGUUGCUAGAGCAAUUGAUGAAGAUGAAGGUAGAAAUGCUCAAUUACGUUAUGGUAUAACACGUCAAUAUUCACAUAUUAAUCAACAAGGAUUAAAAAAUGAAAAUGUACUUGAUGCAUUUACAAUGGAUCAACCAAGUGGUCGUGUUAUGUUAACAAGAAGUUUGAAUUUAAAUGAACUUGGUUCAUAUGAAAUGGUAAUAACUGUGGAAGAUAAUGGAGAACCAGUUCAGAGAGCAGAAAAGACUAUUCAAUUAAUUAUUGAAGCAAGUUCACCUCGUGGUAAUUGGUUAUUUCCUGAAAUUGAACAAACUCGUGAUUUCUCAAUAUUUAAUUCUAAAUAUACAAUUACUGAAGCUAAUACAAUUUUAAUUGUCAUUAUUCUAUCUGGAAUAUCAGCAUUUUUAGCUGCUUUAUUAAUAAGUGCUAUUUUAUGUAUGAUUAAACCAUGUAAGAAGUCGAGAAGUCCAAAUCAGUUGAAUAAGAAUGUAUCAAAAACAAUGAAUACCCAUAAUAUGAUUGUUGAUAUUGGUAUGAAUAAAGAAUUUAAUCCAAUCAUAUGUGAUUAUGAAGGUGCUGAUUUCAACUUAUACAAUCAUCAUCAUCAACCUGGUAAUUAUACAUCUGUAGGAACGAUUGAUAAUUUCUAUGGUCCAUUAUAUCCAUCAAUUGGUCAACAUUAUCAUGAAGGAUUACCAAUGACUAAUAGUGAUAAAUUAACAGUAUCUAGUAUGGAAAAUUGUUAUGUACCAUCAUAUAAUAUGUUCAAUAUUAAUAAUCAUAUUGAUAAUAGUCAGAUUAAUACUAACAAUGAUAAUGAUAAUCAAGUCAAUUCAUCAACUACUGUUUCAAUUCAAACAGCAUGUAUAAACAAUGUGAACGGUGUAGAACAAGAUUUAGGCAUAAUACGAACAAAUGGUAAAACAUUAUGUGCUCAAAAAUCUUCAUCCCCGAUAAAUGUAAUUCUAAGCACAAGUCCGCAACCACAACUGAGUUAUCUUCAUUUGGAAUAUCCAAAUAACGACUGUCAUAAGACAGUAUCGAAUAUAUCAUCAUAUAAUAUAACUUCAAGAUGUUCAACAUAUUCACCACAACCCUUUAAUUCUUACUGUCCAACAUUUCAACCAACAACAAUGCCAACUACAUCACAUACUUUGGUGUCUUCAAAUGAUCCUAAUCUUAGAUCAGAAUGUGUUGUUCUUCAAUGCACAAAAACACCACCUCCUUCAGCGUAUUAUUAUCAACAAAAUAGAACUGAUUCAUUAUCGCCAAAUCCACUAUAUAACACAUCAGCGAUACUUGAUUUUGGUCCAGCUAGUUUAACGCGACCAAGUUACACAAAUCAAAAUAUCCCGGUUAUUGGCGAAUGUAUUGUUAAAGAUCCACGAAUUCAUAAUUCAAUCAUUGGUGAAGAACAAAGAUCAGAUAGUGGUCGUGGUGCUAGUGAUGAAGAGAAUUCUAAUCAAAUUCAAUUAGUGAACACACUGCCAACAACAACGUCAUUAUCAUCUGCAAAUGAAAAACAACUGGAUGAAACAACAUUAGAUACCCCUGUAAAUCAGUCUAAGAAAAGUCAAAAUUUUCGAUCAAGUACGCUAAAAUAUUCUAUUGACAAUUCAAGUCAUAUAACAACCGGUCUUGUAUUUCCAAGUCUUCCAAGAAUUAACACAUGUAAACAAUCAAAGGAUCAAAAUGUUUUAGGAACAUUUCAACAACAACCAUUCAUCCAUAAUUCAAUUAAAGAUUCUUAUACAAAAUAA